AAAAUAAAGUUUUGUCUUGUGUGAGCUACGAAUUGUUUUAUUAGGAAUGAGUGAAACGCGUGAACAAAUUUUGGAAGAAAUUAAAUUACAAGGUGAUUUGGUACGAAAACUAAAAGCGGCCAAGGAACCCAAAGAAAAGGUCUAAAGCCACAAAAACAAAGAAAAUAUUACCACAAACUAAAUAAAACAAAACAACUAUAUAGCUAUAAAAGUAGUAAAUAUUUUAAAAUAAAAUAUAAAUUAACAAAUAAUAAAAAUUUAUAAAAAAAUUACAAAAAUGUUACGUUCAUUUGUACAAACAACUACGCGUUUAAAUAAAGUUAAUUUUUUACAAAUACAAUUAAAUUAUCGUACAUUGAGCUCCAAAGUCGAUUUAAAAUCUCUUAAAAAUAAUAAUAAUAAUGAUGAUACUGAUGAUGGAGUUGGUAAUAAUGGUGUUAGUGGUACCAUAAAACAUCGGCAACUGGAAUUGGACAAGAUCGAUGAAGAAGUGGCUCGAUUGCUGGCCCUUAAGGCCAAAUUGGGUGAUGAACCUCAACAAAAUCAAAAGUUUACUUUAAAAACUCCCAAGGGUACACGUGAUUAUGGUCCUCAACAAAUGAUGUUGCGUCAAAAUGUUUUGGACAAGAUAACAACGGUAUUUAAGAAACAUGGUGGUGAAGCUAUUGAUACACCAGUAUUCGAAUUGAAGGAAGUUUUAACUGGCAAAUAUGGUGAGGAUUCCAAGUUAAUUUAUGAUCUCAAAGAUCAAGGCGGUGAAAUACUAUCGCUUCGUUAUGAUCUGACAGUUCCUUUGGCUAGAUAUUUAGCCAUGAAUAAAAUAUCGAGCAUUAAACGUUAUCACAUUGCCAAGGUAUAUCGCCGCGAUAAUCCUGCCAUGACUCGUGGUCGUUAUAGGGAGUUUUAUCAAUGUGAUUUUGAUAUUGCUGGCUCUUAUGAUCCCAUGUUACCCGAUGCUGAAUGUGUUAAAAUUGUCUCUGAAAUCUUAGAUGUUUUAGAUAUUGGCGAUUAUGUCAUCAAGCUAAAUCAUAGACAAUUAUUGGAUGGUAUGUUUGAAGCCUGUGGUGUACCAGCUGAUAAAUUCCGUUCCAUUUGUUCGGCCGUAGAUAAAUUGGAUAAAUCUCCCUGGUCGGAGGUGCGCCGUGAGAUGAUCGAUGAAAAAGGUUUAGAUGCUUCGUCUGCCGAUCAAAUUGGUGAAUAUGUUCAGCUGAGUGGUGGUAGUGAUUUGGUUGAAAAACUUUUGGCUGAUCCUAAAUUGAAAGCUGUCAGUGCUGCCGUUAAGGGUCUGGAAGGCAUGCAACUUUUACUUAAGUACUGUAAUGCUAUGGGUCUUGCGGAUAAAAUUUGUUUUGACUUGAGUUUGGCUCGUGGUUUGGACUACUAUACGGGUGUUAUUUAUGAAUGUGUACUUAAGGCUGAGCCCAAAAUUUUAGCCAAUGGAGCUUCUGAAGAACAGGGCACCGUUGGUUCUGUAGCUGGUGGUGGUCGUUAUGAUAACUUGGUUGGUAUGUUUGAUCCCAAGGGAAGACAAGUGCCCUGUGUGGGUGUUUCCAUAGGUGUGGAACGUAUAUUUUCGGUGUUAGAAGCCAAAGCUGCCGCAUCUGGUGUUAAGCCACGCACCAAUGACAUCGAGGUUUAUGUAGCCUCAGCUCACAAAGGUUUACACGAAAAACGUUUAAGCAUUUUAAAUGAUUUGUGGAAUCAAGGUGUAAAGGCUGAACAUUCCUACAAAUUAAAUCCCAAACUAUUGGCCCAACUCCAGCAUUGUGAGGAGCAACAGAUUCCUCUAGCCGUGGUAUUCGGAGAUUCAGAGUUGUCGAAGGGCAUUGUUAAGCUACGUGAAGUCGGCAGCCGUAAAGAAGAAGACAUUCCAUUGGCCGAUUUGGCUGAUGAAAUCAAAAAGAGAUUAAGAAACUAAUUACUGCAAAUGGCUUUCAUAUAAAUGACAAAACACUUUCAUAAAUUCAUAUAGUUUUCUUUUUAUUUAUUUUGUUUUUAAUGUAUUUAUUGCUUGGUACCGCUUAGAGAAGAAAUAGCCAGCUGGUUGAUGCAAACAGUUUGAAGUAGUGAUGGCUUUUAAAGAAUUAACUUUACCAAAAUCGAGAAUCAAUAUUAAAAAGAUGUGAAAUAAAUUUAUAAUAAAAAAAUGAUUUAGAUUCUUAUAUCACGAUCAUAUUAAAAGAAAAU